AUGUCGACAACUACGGUUGAGGUUAUCAACGCUCCAGCGUCGCCUCUGGCGGAGCUUUCGGCGUCGUCGUCAAUUACAUCGAGACCUAACCAGCCUGUGUUUCCCGCAGAAGAUGCCCAGCAUGAAGACAUCUCCAAGGGCAAGACGGUGGUAGUCAUCUCGUCGGUGACGUGUAUCACCGGCAUCAGCUCCCUCUUGGCUGGUGUGGUUACCGUCUGCAUCCCUGCAAUGGCAAAGGAUGUGAAUCUUGAAGGCAACCUACUGCUUUGGCCUGCCUCGGUGUAUGCCCUGACCUGCGGUUGCACUCUGCUCCUGUCAGGUGCGAUGGCCGAUCUCUUCGGAGCUCGGCAACUCUAUCUCUUGGGAUGCUUCCUCCAAUCGGCCUUCACCCUCGCCUGCGGCUUAGCCAACACCGGAAUCCAGCUGAUUAUGUUCCGCGCCUUCGCCGGCGUCGCGAUCUCUAUGUGCCUGCCAUCUGCUGUCAGUAUCAUCACACACGCAUUCCCAUCAGGCAAGCGACGGAAUAUCGCGUUCGCCUCCAUGGGCGGCGGCCAGCCCAUUGGAUUCUCCAUCGGUCUCAGUGUGGGCGGUGUCUUCACAGACACCAUCGGCUGGAGAUGGGGGUUCCACAUCGCGGCCAUCAUCAACACCGUCAUCUUCCUAAUCGCCCUUAAGUGGCUGCCGAGUAUCGGUAAGCGCGAACCGGUGACCUGGAACCGCUUCCUGACCGAGGUGGAUUGGAUCGGGGCGUUCCUGGCGAGCGGCUUCCUGGCGAUGGUCUCCUAUGUUCUUGCCGUCAUGACCGAGAGCCUAAGUGGCAUCAAGAAACCAGCCAACAUUGUUCUCUUGGUCGUCUCGGGGGUCUUGAUCGGCAGCUUCAUCGGAUGGGUCGAGCGGCAAGAGCGCCUCGGCCGCCCAGCCAUCAUCCCGAACUCGCUGUGGAAGAACCGCAGCUUCACCAGCAUCUGCGUCAGCGUCUUCAUGGUCUGGGGCGCCUUCAAUGCGACCGAGCAGCUGAGCUCCUUCUACCUGCAGUAUGUGCAGCGGCUCUCGGCGAUCGACACCUCGGUCCGCUUCCUCCCGGCCCCGGUGGGCGGCGUGCUCGCCAAUGUCGUCGCCGGGCUCGUGGUGCACCGCGUCCGGGCCGACCUCGCGAUCCUCAUCGCCGUGGCCCUCGCGGCGCUGUCCCCGAUCCUGAUGGCCGUCGCGGACCCGGCGUGGAACUACUGGUACUGCAUCUUCUGGGCCAUGUUCAUGAACGCCAUCGGCGCGGAUACGCUCUUCACUAUCUCGAACUUGCUGAUCACCUCGCUGUUCCCGUCGAGGACGCAGGGUGUUGCAGGCGGCGUGUACAACACCAUCGCCCAGAUCGGCAAAAGCGUGGGGUUGGCGUCGUCGGGCGCGAUUGCGAGUGCCGUGACGGCCAAGUCAGGUGUGGCGGACAAGGAGAGCCCAACGGCGCUGCUGGAGGGCUAUCGGGCAUCGUUCUGGUACUGCUUCGCGCUGUACGGCGCAACCCUGCUCGUGACCAUUUGGGGACUCAGAAAGAUCGGCAAAGUGGGUGUCAAGAAGGAAUGA